AUGGCUAUGGCCAAAUCGGCAUUUUCUAGUACGUCACAUUUUGCAUUUAUAUAUUUCUCGUUUGUUAUAUUUUUUUCUUGUUUAGUUUAUUCAAAUAAAGCAUCAGAGAUUAGGAGGCCAAGAGGAGUAUCAAUAUCUAAGGCAUCACUGUACAUUCCAGAUCAAGAUUUUACUUGUUUUGAUGGAACAAUAACUAUUCCAUUUUUGCAAGUGAACGAUGAUUUUUGUGAUUGCCCAGACGGCAGUGAUGAACCUGGUACAGCAGCAUGUCCCAACGGGUUUUUUCACUGCACCAAUGCUGGAUUUAAACCAUUAAACAUUCCUUCUUCCCUUGUUAAUGAUGGUAUAUGUGAUUGUUGUGAUGGAUCCGAUGAGUAUGUGGGCAAAGUAACCUGUUCCAAUACAUGCCAUGAGUUAGGCAAGGCUGAAAGAUUAGAACAGCAAAAAUUAGCUGAAAUAACAAAAUUGGGUUUCGAAGCCAAAAUUCAAUCCAUAAAAAAAGGAAAGCAAUUAAAGCUUGAUAAAAGAGAAAAACUAAAACAAUUGGAAAAUGACAAACAGGAAGCUGAAAGUAUUAAGGCUGAAAAAGAAAAGCUAAAAGUUUUAGCAGAAGAAUUGGAAAAGGAUGCAUUAGAAAAAUAUAGAAUAGCCAAAGAAGAAGAUGAAAAUAAUUUAAGAGAAAAUGAAAGGAAACUUGCAGAGAAAGAAGCAAUGGACAUAUUUGUUAUGUUAGAUUCUGAUGGUAAUAAAAUAAUAAGUAUAUCCGAGCUUCGAGUGCGACAUACGUUUGAUCAAAAUCGAGAUGGAGUUGUUUCAGAUGAUGAAGCCAAGUUUUUUUUAGAUAAUCAAGAAGAAGUUGGUUGGGAUAGCUUUUUAAAUAUUGCUUGGCCAAAAAUGAAACCAUUUUUUAUGAUGGAAAAGGGAUUAUUUAAACCUCCGGAAAAAAACAACGAUUCAGAACAAAAUGUUGAAUUAGUAUCAGAACCAAAUGAUGGAGUUGGAACUGUUGAAGAUGUUACUGAUGAAUAUCAUAAAGAAAGACAAACUCCAGAGGAAGAUAUUGCUGUGCCAGAGCAAGAUGAAGAGGAUGAAGAAGAGGAAGAGGAAGAAGAAGAGCAAGAACAAGAACAAGAACAUGGUGAAAAUGAAUCGAAAGGAGAAAAUUCAGAAUUACAAUAUGAUGAGGACACUCAAAAAUUGGUUAACGCUGCAAAUGAUGCUAGAUCUGAAUAUGAGGAAGCUGAUAGAGCUGUUAGAGAUAUUCAGAGACAAAUGACACAAUAUCAAGACUAUUUAGACAAAGAUUUUGGAGCAGAAGAAGAAUUUGCUCCUUUAGAAGGAGAAUGUUUCGAAUAUACUGAUAGGGAAUAUGUAUACAAAUUAUGUCCUUUCGAUCAGGCAUCUCAGCAACCCCGUUCUGGAGGAUCAGAAACAAGACUGGGACAAUGGAACAAAUGGGUGGGUCCAGAACAUGACAAAUAUUCAAUUAUGCUUUACGAUAAAGGACAGUCAUGUUGGAACGGUCCUCAACGGUCAACUUAUGUAAAACUAAAAUGCGGAAUAGAAAAUAUAAUCACAUCCGUAACCGAGCCAAAUAAAUGCGAAUAUCAUUUUGAAUUCAACACUCCUUCUGCUUGUAAAAUGUCUAAAACCAACGAGGCAAGAAUUCACGAUGAACUGUAG